CUAUCCUGCUGGUUCUGUGAGACAAAACUUCGAAUGAUUAAAUGCCUUAGAUCCGGCAUUAGGAGAUGGAGAGUAAUCUUCAGAUCUCGCAAUUCCGAAGGAAUCGCUCGUCAUACCCAAAAUAUCCCGCACGGCCAGGGUAAAAAUUGGGAGCGGUGUGCGCAUCAUGGUCGAGUCUUACGGCUCCAACUCAGACUCAACAACGCCGGUCCCAUUUUCUGAACCCUCCUCUCUCUCCUCCCGCAAAGAUGUGGACGUUGGAGAGACGUCGUCACCGCCGUCAGGUGUCCAACAUGCGUCGAUAAUUGACGACAGGGACUUUUCGUCGCAUCUUUUCCCACCUCACUAUUUUUCCGGCUGCACUGCUAAGGACAGAGCCAUGUGUCAGUUUUCAAAGUCCAUAACUUCCAGAGAUAUCUCUCGGACUGGCAGAGGCACACGAGGGACAGUCCAACAUGACGGCGCAAUGCAUCCCAACGGCACGGAGAAGGCUCCGCCUGAGCCUACAAAGACACCUGCGCUUUCGCAUCGCAUGAAGCACGACAAGUCGAUUCUUGCUCUCACCGUAUCUUCCAAGCACAUAUUCGCCGGCACCCAGGGGGGAGAGAUACUGGUGUACAGUCUCGAUACUUAUGAGCGUCAGAGGGUCAUUGAAGGCCACAAGGGAAGCGUACUCGGCCUCUGUCUCUCACACGAUCAGACUCUUCUCUUCUCUAGCGCCACGGAUCCAAUUGUCAACGUCUGGAGCACCUCUUCUUUCCUCCGCCUCUAUGCGCUCUGGUCAACUUACGAUGUCGGAGAUAUUUUUUGUGUUGCAUACUCUUCAUAUCAUCACACGGUCUAUUUGGGAGCACAAAAUACAUCCAUUCAGUGGUAUGACCUGAAAGAGAAAGACUUCCGCCCUCGCCCCGCGCCUGCAUCCCACCCCUCAGAGCGCAAGGAUAGAUUCUUCGACUCAGCUGGCCCCGGCGGAGUCCAGACUCCCAGGCCACAUGGUUCCGAGCAUCGGUUGCGAGACGCGGUAGGAGGCCAGAACCUCGAGAUUGACAACCAAGACAUCCACCAGUUCGCGCAUUUCGGAUACGUAUAUUGCAUGCUGCUUGGGAAGGGCAUACUGCCAGAUGAACCUUCCGAGGAAGUGCUGGUUUCAGGAGGCGGAGAUGGCCGGAUUCUCCUGUGGCGGAUACACCCUUCACGAGGCGGCGCUAUCACCGAGAUAUGCUCGCUAGAAGAUGGUAGAGAAGAGGGCGAGUCCGUUCUAUCUCUUGCUCGCGAAGGAUCCUUUCUAUACAGUGGCCGACUUGAUGGAGAAGUCAAUGUCUGGGAUCUCGAGACUCGGCAGCUCGUGAGGAGCUUGAAGGCCCAAACGGGGGAUGUAUUGACAUUGAGCCUUGGCGGUGGGCUUCUCUUCGCUGGCGGUAUUACUGGAUUCGUGCAGAAAUUCAACCAGCACUACGAGACAGUGUCAACCUUCAAGGCCCAUAGCGGCUUGAUCCUUGCAUCCGCAUUUACUACCUUCAACGACAAGCCGAUAUUUGUUACUGGUGGUAAUGACAGCGAUGUCGUCAUUUGGGAUGUGCAGGAUUGUGCAGAACCAACGUUCCAUGCGAAGCGUAGUAACAAUGAUCUCAUGGUCGAAUCUCUGAGCCAGUUCAUCUCGUUCCGCACCGUAUCCUCUUUGCCUAAAUAUCGUGCUGAUUGCAGAAGAGGCGCUCAUUUCCUGCGAUCAGUCUUUCAAAACUUCGGUGCCGCCACCGAAAUGUUGAACACCACAGAUCCUUUUAAUCCAAUCGUUUUCGCAAAGUUUAGAGGCAAUCCAGCUACUGCGGCAUCAAGGAAGAAAAUUCUGUUCUACGGCCACUAUGAUGUCAUUCCUGCAGAAAACGAACAAGGAAAGUGGAAGCAUGACCCAUUCACACUGACUGGAGAGGAUGGCUACUUGUAUGGUCGCGGCAUAUCUGACAACAAAGGUCCGAUCAUGGCUGCUAUUUAUGCAGCCCAUGAACUCGCCAAUGAGCAAUCACUUGGUUCUGACAUCAUCUUCCUCAUUGAGGGCGAGGAGGAAAGUGGCUCUCGAGGCUUCGCGCAGGCCAUUCGGGCGAGGAAGAACCUGAUUGGAGAUAUAGACUGGAUCCUGUUAGCGAACAGCUACUGGCUCGACGAUCAUGUCCCCUGCCUCACAUACGGGUUGCGAGGUGUCAUCCACGCUACCGUACAGGUUGAGAGCCGACACCCUGAUCUUCACAGCGGCGUCGACGGAAGUGCUCUCCUAGAUGAACCAUUAAAGGACUUAGUCAUGGUUCUGUCAAAGCUCACCGGUAGCCACGGAAAAGUCCAAAUCCCUGGGUUCUACCAACCCAUCCUCCCUUUCACACCUGAAGAGCGAAGUCUGUACGACGAAAUCACCGACACCCUUAUUCGUGGGAACCCCGAUCUUGGAGACCCUGACGAGCUUGCCCAAUCCCUCAUACGCAGAUGGCGCGAAGCCUCGCUCACAAUCCACCGCUUCCAAACCUCCGGCCCUGAGAACUCAACCAUCAUUCCCCGCCUCGCCCGAGCAUCCUUAUCCAUGCGUCUCGUGCCCAAUCAAGAGUCCUCCGAAGUCGCCAAAUCAUUGACUUCAUUCCUCAAUUCUGAAUUUAAGAAAUUGGAUUCCAAGAACCAGGUGCAAGUAACCAUCGACCACCAAGCCGAACCCUGGCUGGGCGACUACAACAAUGAAAUCUUCCAAACCCUCGAAUCGGCCAUCAUGUCAGUAUGGGGUCCCACACUCGGCCGACGUCGGAGCUCUGUUCAUGCCUCAAAAUCUCUUUUCGAAUAUUUCGGGCCCUUAACGACUUCGUCGUCAGACUCAAGGCCAUCUCCAGCAACAUCCAACACGCUGGCCAACGCCAAUAGUUCCGCGGAACAGGAUGGAGAUGACGCGACACCUUGCCCGACAUUGCUUGCCCGCAAGCCGCUGUAUAUCAGAGAAGGAGGGAGUAUCCCCUCAAUUAGGUUCUUGGAAAAAGAGUUUGGGGCUCCAGCGGCACAUCUACCGUGUGGCCAGGCGAGCGACAGUGCACAUUUGGAUAAUGAGAGGUUGAGGUUGGUGAAUUUGUAUAAUAGUAAGAUGAUCUUUAAGAAAGUGUUUGAGGAGCUGCCGCAGAAGUAAGGGGGUUGGAACCGGGGAAGAUAAUUAGGAUAUUGGGCGCAGUGUUGGAUCUAUCGGGUUUUAACAUACCCUUUCAACAAAGGUCUCGAUGGGGUUGGGUGCAUUGGAGGCAAAUGGAUGAAUUUGGGGAAAUAGGUAAAGGCGGGGGUGUAUGCAGUGCAGGGCGGCGCAGAAAAGGGAGGACAGAGUUGGUGUUGGAUUGUUGGGACUAGGCUUUAUAUACCCUUCUGAAGUAAAUUAUAUCUUUAUUU